AUGUUAAACACACGCUCACUUGUCCUGGCUGUCCUGCCAGUCCUACUUCUACUUUUUGUCCAACAGCCCGCAUCCCAGCCCAGCAACCAGAUUCAAACCCUCCUCGCUUCCUGGCUGCCCGCACCACUACACCAUGUCGUGCUUUAUAACCGGCCUCGCAUCAUCAUCCCCCAGGGCACCGUCGUCGGCACCACCUUGACUGACACACUCAAAAGCCCCGUUGAUGCUUUCCGCGGAAUUCCAUACGCAUUGCCCCCAAUUGGGGAUUUGCGCUUCCGUCGUGCCAUCGCCGUCAAUGCGUCCGACGCUCUCAUCGAUGCGAGUGAAUUCGGUCCACGAUGCCCGGGAAAGCAGCUCUUGAAUCCUAAAGACACUGGUGGAGAUGAGGACUGUCUCACUGUCAACGUAUUCCGACCCCACGGCGUCCAAGGAAAGCUUCCCGUUGCUGUCUAUGUGCACGGAGGGGCCUACAACCGCGGCACUGCGUCCAUGCACAACACGGCAUCAAUGGUCGCCUGGUCCGAUGAGCCCUUCAUCGCAGUCAGCUUCAACUACCGCAUCGGUGCUCUCGGAUUCCUCCCCUCCACCCUAACCGCCAAAGAAGACAUCCUCAACCUGGGUCUCCACGACCAGGUCCUAUUGCUGCAGUGGGUGCAAGACAACAUCGAGCAAUUCCACGGCGAUCCAUCCCAGGUGACCCUAAUCGGCCUUUCCGCCGGCGCCCACUCCGUACGCCUCCCCCUCCCACCACCACCACCACCACCAACUAACCCCCACCAGAUAGCCCACCACAUAAUGAACCACACCCCCAAGGCACCUCUAUUCCAACGCGCCGUGAUUGAAUCUGGCGCCGCAACCUCCCGCGCCGUCCACCCCUACAACGCAUCCCUCCACGAAGCCCAAUUCACCGACUUCCUCACCACCACCGGGUGCGCCAACCUCCCCUCCUCCUCCAUCCUCCCCUGCCUCCGCUCCCUCCCCUCCACCACCAUCACCACAGCCUCCUACACCACCUUCGACAAAUACAACCCCUCCCUCCGCUGGGCCUUCCAACCCGUCAUCGACAACGACCUCAUCCACCACCGCCCCAUCGACGCCUGGCACUCCAACCACUGGAACCAAAUGCCCAUCCUCACCGGCUUCAACUCCAACGAAGGCACCUACUACGUCCCCCACAACAUCUCCACCUCCUCCGAAUUCACCACUUUCUUCCAAACCCUCCUCCCCGCCUACACCCCCUCGGACAUCCAAACCAUCAACGCCCUCUACCCAGAUCCCGCCACGGACCCUACCUCCCCCUACACUGAAACCCGUCCCCUCCCCAUCGGGCCCCAGUUCAAACGCCUCGAAGCAGCCUACGGCCACUACGCGUACGUCUGUCCCGUUCGCCAGACCGCACAUUUCGCCUCCUCUCUUUCCGAGGAACCGAUCUUUCUGUACCGCUGGGCUCUGAACAAGACUGUCCUCGGUGGUGCGAACCACGCUGAUCAAAUGGAGUACGAGACCUUUAACCCUGCCGUAAGAAGUAUCUCGGACGCUCAAGAGGAAGUAGCGGGGAUGUUUCACGCGUAUGUGACUUCGUUCGUGGUACAUGGGGAUCCGAAUGCUCUAAAAGGACGGUGGGAGGGUAGACCGCGCUGGGAGAGGUAUCGGGCUGGGAAGGCGGAUGGGGAGAAGGUGAUGGUGUUUGGGGAGGGGAAUGAUGAGCGGGCGGGUGGAGUGGGGAAGGGUGUGGCGGCCCAGUUGGUGGGUGAUGAGUGGGGGAGGAGGGAAUAUGAUGUUGAUAUCUUCGAGAAGCAAUAA